CGUGGGUAAAACCCGGGCCGAAUACGGAAAGAGUAAUGCAGCAAUUCGGAGGCACUUUCUCUGCAUCUCUGUAACUGAAUGCUUCAUCAUCAUAUCGUAUCACGCCUGAAGACACUGCACAUCGACGUCACGUAACACCUGGAGAACAAAGCUUAUGAAUUUCCUCCGGCGUCUCCUCUGCUGAUCUGUCUUGCUUUCGCACUGACAUCUUGAAAUCGUAGAAACUUUUGCGACUCCUGUCUGUGAUUAAUAUUCACCUGGGUGAGGGACUGAAUGAGCAGGGGAAUUGGAGUGGAAAGCAGAACCGAUCGUUCUCGAUCACUGUGAGUAGUGGGAGAGAAUGAAUGAAGCUCCGAUCGCCUGAGAAGGAGAGCUAUCUGCUCAGAAAGCCAUGUGGUCCUCCUUCUGGAGAUCCAGAAAUCGUUUCUCUUUGGACGAACUCAGAUAUCUUACUGAUCAAUUGAUGAAAGUUCAAGUUGUUAAUGAAGUCAAUAAGGAUUUUGUAAUUGAGGCACUACGAUCAAUUGCUGAGUUGAUAACAUAUGGUGAUCAACAUGAUGGAGCUUUUUUUGAGUUUUUCAUGGAGAAGCAGGUCAUGGGGGAGUUUGUACGGAUUUUAAAAAUUAGUAGAACUGUUAUUGUUUCACUACAGUUGCUGCAGACAAUGAGUAUUAUGAUCCAAAACUUAAGAAGAGAACAGUCUAUAUAUUAUAUAUUUUGUAAUGAACACAUUAACUACCUCAUAACUUACUCCUUUGACUUUCGCAAUGAAGAGCUUUUGUCUUACUACAUAUCCUUUCUAAGAGCAAUAAGUGGAAAGUUGAACAAGAACACUAUUUCUCUUCUUGUCAAGACGCAAAGUGAUGAAGUAAUUUCAUUUCCGCUUUAUGUUGAGGCAAUACGGUUUGCAUUUCAUGAAGAAGGGAUGAUUCGAACUGCAGUCCGUGCUUUAACACUGAAUGUCUAUCAUGUUGGUGAUGAAGCUGUUAACAGAUAUGUAGUCAGUGCACCUCAUGCGGAUUAUUUCAUAAGUUUGAUCAAAUUUUUCCGAGAGCAAUGCGUCAGUUUAAAUAGAUUGGUUUCAAAUGCCUCAAAGAAUUUGGGUGCAGAUGCAAUUUCUUCUGCUAUUUCAUCUGUUGAUGAGAUUGAAGACAAUCUGUACUACAUCAGUGAUGUUAUUUCAGCAGGAAUUCCAGAUGUUGGGAGGUUGAUUACAGACAGCAUAUUGAAGUUUUUGAUAUUUCCGUUGAUUCUUCCUUCUUUAAGGAUGGAAGUUGUUGAUGAUACAGAAAUUGGAGCUGCAACUUCUUUAUAUUUACUUUGUUGCAUUUUACAUAUUGUUAAGAUCAAAGAUCUAGCAAAUACUAUUGCUGCCGCGCUUCUAUGUCGUAUAGAAACUUUCAGGCCUAGAUCUGAAGCCAAAAUCAAUGGUUAUGUGGCAAGUGAUGGCUUGACAAAAGAAUGUGAAGAAUCUGACAAUGGUGACUUAAAGCUGAAACCUGAUGCAGGACUUUUACGGGUUUCUGUACCAAAAUUAUCUUGUUCACAAAAUCAAUUGGAAUGCAAGUUGCAGCAGGACUGCAGUGGUUCUCAUUUUGCACUAAGGGAAGCGUUGCUUUCUUAUAUUACCUGUGGCAAUGAUGUACAGGUUUCAGGUUCCUUAAGUGUGCUGGCCACUCUAUUGCAAACUAAAGAACUGGAUGAAGCGAUGCUAGAUGCUCUUGGAAUUCUUCCACAGCGGAAACAGCAGAAGAAACUCUUGCUGCAAGCUUUGGUUGGUGAAGAAUCUGGUGAGGAGCAACUUUUUUGCUCUGAAAGUAAUGUAACAAAAGAUUGCUUCAGUGGUGAGCUUGAUAGCUACCUGGAAAAGCUAAAGGAUCAGUAUGGAGUUGCAUGCUCAUACCAAGAUAUUGGAACAAGCCCUCGGGUACAUCGAUUUCAAGUACUCGAUGCAUUGGUCAGUCUUUUCUGCAGGUCAAAUAUCUCUGCAGAAACACUAUGGCAUGGUGGUUGGCUUUUGCGUCAGCUGCUUCCUCACAGUGAUGCAAAUUUUAACAGUAAUCAUCGCGAACUGCUUGAAGGUUCAUACUGUAGCUGUACCCAGCGUAUUCUUGAGGAGACAAGAGGAACUUGGCCUGAUCUAUUGAUUGUGGUUCUCAGUGAUGAGUGGAGAAAAUGUAAAAGAGCAAUUGAAGCUUCAUCGCCUCAGAAAGAUCCUAAAUCCAUGCUUUUGCAAAAAAAAGUGUCUGCUUCUGAAGAUAUGUUUUCUGGUGAUUCAUCUUUUGCUGCUGGUGAAAGAAUGUGCGAGAUAGUGAAGGUGUUUGUACUAGUUCAUCAACUCCGUUCUUUUUCAAUUGGUAAAGCUUUGCCUGAUCAACCUCCGAUACAGCCUCCAGCUGAUUCUCUAGAAAGCUCGCGUGCAAAAAAUGCUGGCAUGAGUGGUUUGAGUCCAAAACCAAACAGUGAAGUAAAUCUUGUGGAUGCAGUGCCUUGUAGAAUUGCAUUUGAGAGGGGCAAAGAACGUCAUUUUUGCUUUUUAGCCAUCACUGCUGGAAUAUCUGGUUGGCUUGUCCUUGCAGAAGAAUUACCUCAGAAACCACGUUUUGGUGUAGUUCGAGUUAUUGCACCUUUAGCUGGUUGCAAUCCCAGAAUUGAUGACAAACAUUCAAGAUGGUUACACCUCCGGAUACGUCCUUCCUCUUUUCCUUAUUUGGAUACUGGCAAGUAUCCUUCACCCUCAAAAGUUAAGGUGAAGGCUCUAGUGGAUGGGAGGUGGACUCUGGCUUUUCGUGAUGAGGAAUCCUGCAAAUCUGCAUUGUCUAUGAUACUUGAAGAGAUUAAUUUCCAAAGUGUUGAGGUCGAGAGAAGAAUAAAGCCCUUGCUAGAUAUCGAAUGAGCUGUUGAUUUUACAAGCUACAUCUAUGAGAAUACCGUAAGAUUCUCAUGGUAUGAGAUUCAUUUUAUAAUAUUUUGAGUUCCUCCCCAAUAAUAUUUUAUACGAACACCUUGGGAUGAUCCUACUAUACCCACCCACCCUCUUUGUAAAUGUGUCAACAAGGAAACCUUAGGUGUACCAUUGUAGAGUAGACAAUGUGAAAGUCCCAUUCGUUGUAUAUUAGGCUGCCUGUCUCCUCCCCACUUCUAAAUGUUGGUAACAGUGUAUUUGGCAAUAUUUUCUUUGAUGUUAGCUAGUUUUCCCUAACCCUCUCGAAACAAGCAACUAUUGUGUUGAGUUUUAGAACACAGUUGAAACAGAAGCAGUAGCAGUAGUGUAGAUUGCAACUGACAUUUUUUUUUAAUGGGUCGUCCUGCUUGCUUUUUCCUGCUGAUUGUGUCUUUUUAUUCUGAUCUGAAUUAUUACGUUUGUGGGCUCUAAUCCCUUCUCUAUGUUUGAAAGCUCCAACUGGAUUCUAA